CUGAGCUGUAAAUUGAAAGGAAGAUAAUUUCUGCUUGUGGAGGAAAAGAAGGGUGAGCAACCUCAAUGGAAGACUCUCAGGAUUUAAGUGAACAGUCAGUAAAGAAGCCGUGUCCAGAGUCCGAUGGUUCAGAGCCGCAGAAUCCCAGGUCUAUGGAAAUGCAGGAUCUAGCCAGUCCUCAUAAUCUUGUUGGAAGCAGUGAUGCACCAGGUAGUUCCAAGCUGGAUAAAUCUAAUCUCAGUAGCACAUCAGUCACAACAAAUGGAACAGGAGGAGACAACAUGACUGUGUUAAACACUGCAGACUGGUUGCUGAGUUGCAGUACUCCCUCCUCUGCAACAAUGUCUCUUCUUGCAGUCAAAACAGAACCCAUGAACAACAGUGAAACAGCAACAACAACUGGAGAUGCAUCGCUUGACACUUUUACUGGGUCAGUAAUAACAAGUAGUGGCUACAGUCCCAGAUCAGCGCACCAGUACUCUCCACAGAUAUAUCCCUCCAAGCCCUAUCCGCACAUUCUUUCUACACCAGCAGCUCAAACAAUGUCUGCCUAUGCCGGACAAACCCAGUAUUCAGGAAUGCAGCAGCCAGCCGUCUAUACAGCCUAUUCCCAGACAGGACAGCCCUACAGCUUACCCACUUACGAUUUGGGUGUAAUGUUGCCAGGCAUCAAGACGGAAAGCGGGCUCUCGCAGACCCAAUCUCCACUGCAGAGCGGGUGCCUCAGUUACAGCCCAGGGUUUUCCACCCCACAGCCAGGCCAAACACCCUACUCUUACCAGAUGCCAGGUUCUAGUUUCACACCAUCGUCCACUAUUUAUUCAAACAAUUCUGUUUCAAAUUCUACAAACUUCAGUAGUUCACAACAGGAUUAUCCAUCAUACACAGCUUUUGGCCAAAAUCAGUAUGCACAGUAUUACUCAGCAUCAACAUAUGGUGCAUAUAUGACCUCAAACAACACGGCUGAUGGCACUUCAUCAUCAUCAACCUACCAAUUACAGGACUCUCUCCCUGGCUUGACUAGUCAACCAGGUACAGAUCUACAUUCAGGGGAGUUUGACACUGUGCAGAGCCCCUCCACGCCAAUCAAAGAUCUUGAUGAGAGAACAUGUAGGAGUUCUGGGUCAAAGUCUCGGGGUAGAGGGCGGAAGAAUAAUCCAUCACCCCCUCCGGACAGUGACUUGGAGCGUGUAUUUGUUUGGGAUUUGGAUGAAACAAUCAUAGUUUUUCAUUCGCUGCUUACAGGAUCGUAUGCACAGAAGUAUGGCAAGGAUCCACCCAUGGCAGUGACCCUUGGACUGCGAAUGGAAGAAAUGAUUUUUAAUCUUGCUGACACACAUUUAUUUUUUAAUGAUUUAGAGGAAUGCGAUCAAGUUCAUAUAGAUGAUGUUUCUUCUGAUGAUAAUGGACAAGACCUAAGUACCUACAGUUUUGCAACUGAUGGCUUCCAUGCAGCUGCAAGUAGUGCAAACCUUUGUCUGCCAACAGGUGUAAGAGGAGGGGUUGACUGGAUGAGGAAGCUGGCUUUCCGUUACAGAAGAGUAAAAGAGUUGUAUAAUACUUACAAGAACAACAUAGGAGGACUCCUGGGUCCCGCUAAAAGAGAUGCAUGGUUGCAAUUAAGAGCAGAGAUUGAAGCUCUGACAGACUCCUGGCUAACAAAUGCACUUAAAUCAUUAUCAAUUAUCAGCACAAGGAGUAAUUGUGUAAACGUGUUGGUAACAACAACCCAGCUUAUCCCAGCCUGA